UGGGGGCUUGGCACCUCCGACAUCACUGAAUGGAGAGCAUUGUAAUAGAUCAGCAGUCAGAGGGAAGAAGCCGGCACAGUGCACACGGGAGGACAGCACUACUACACCCAGCAUCUAUACAUAGAGAUUAUUUAUUGUCAUUACAGGAGAUCAUCACUGCCCUCCAUAGUCAUGAUAGCUUCUCAUCUACUGGCAUACUUCUUCACCGAGCUCAACCAUGACCAAGUACAGAAGGUGGACAAAUACCUCUAUCACAUGCGCCUGUCCGAUGAGACACUCCUGGAGAUAUCAAACAGGUUCUACAAAGAAAUGGAGAAGGGACUUGGGGUGGAAACCAACCCCACUGCCUGUGUGAAGAUGUUGCCAACCUUUGUGCGAUCCACACCCGAUGGAACAGAAAAUGGAGAUUUCCUGGCACUGGACCUGGGAGGAACCAACUUUCGUGUUUUACGGGUGAAAGUUUCAGAUAACGGAACAAAGAAAGUAGAGAUGGAGAAUCAGAUUUAUGCCAUCCCCGAGGAUCUGAUGAGGGGAAGCGGGACACAGUUGUUUGACCACAUUGCUGAAUGUCUGGCUAACUUCAUGGAGAAACUACAUAUUAAAGACAAGAAGCUUCCUCUGGGAUUCACCUUCUCAUUUCCCUGCUACCAGACGAAGCUAGAUGAGAGCAUUCUGGUAAAUUGGACCAAAGGGUUUAAGGCCUGCGGUGUGGAAGGAAAAGACGUGGUAACCCUUAUACGGAAGGCAAUUGAGAAACGUGGGGAUUUUGACAUUGAUAUUGUGGCAGUGGUGAAUGACACAGUGGGGACAAUGAUGACAUGUGGAUUUGAUGACCACAACUGUGAGAUUGGACUUAUUAUAGGUACUGGAACCAAUGCCUGCUACAUGGAAGAUAUGCGUCACUUCGAUCUGGUGGAAGGUGACGAGGGACGCAUGUGUGUGAACAUGGAGUGGGGGGCAUUUGGAGAUGAUGGAAUACUGGAUGACAUUAGAACUGAAUUUGACAGAGAGAUUGACAGGGGAUCUCUUAAUCCUGGAAAGCAGAUGUUUGAGAAGAUGAUCAGUGGGAUGUACAUGGGAGAGCUGGUGAGGCUCAUUCUAGUCAAGAUGGCCAAGGAGGAUCUGCUGUUUGGUGGAAGAAUCACCGCCGAUCUGUUGACCACUGGACACUUUGAGACACGCUAUGUAUCAGAAAUUGAAAAAGAUAAGGAAGGGAUCAAAACGGCACAUGCACUCCUGAGCAAACUGGGACUGGAACCUUCACAUGAGGACUGUGUAGCAACUCACCGAAUUUGCCAAAUUGUGUCUACCAGAUCCGCCAAUUUAUGUGCGGCCACACUUUCUGCAGUUCUGAGGCGUAUUCGUGAGAACAAGGGUGUGGAACGGCUGAAAUCAACUGUGGGCGUGGAUGGAUCUGUGUACAAAAAUCAUCCCCACUUUGCCCGGCUUCUUCAGAAGACUGUUCGCCGACUUGUGCCUGACUGCGAUGUCCGAUUCAUCCGUUCAGAGGAUGGCAGUGGUAAAGGAGCAGCCAUGGUGACAGCUGUAGCAUACCGAUUGGCUGACCAGCGUCACGAGCGCGAGAAGACUCUUGAAUCUCUGAACCUGAGCACUAAGCAGCUUCUAGAGGUCAAAAGACUCAUGGGAGUGGAAAUGGAUAGAGGCCUGAAAAGGACAAGUCAUGAUGAGGCCACAGUGAAGAUGCUGCCCACAUAUGUGCGCUCUACCCCCGAUGGAACAGAGAGGGGUGACUUCCUGGCAUUGGAUCUCGGGGGCACUAAUUUCCGGGUACUCCUGGUGCGUGUUCGUAGUGGAAUGAGACGCGGAGUGGAAAUGCACAACAAGAUCUACACCAUUCCCCAGGAUGCCAUGCAGGGGACCGGAGAGGAGCUGUUUGAUCACAUUGUGACCUGCAUUGCCGACUUCCUGGAAUACAUGGGCAUGAAAGGAGUGUUACUACCACUUGGGUUCACCUUCUCUUUUCCUUGUCAUCAGAACAGCCUAGACGCGGGCAUUCUUCUGAAGUGGACAAAAGGUUUCAAUGCAUCUGGCUGUGAAGGAGAAGAUGUUGUGAAUCUCUUGAAAGAAGCUAUUCAUAGAAGAGAAGAGUUUGACUUGGAUGUAGUAGCUGUUGUGAACGACACAGUGGGCACCAUGAUGACAUGUGGCUAUGAAGACCCAUAUUGUGAAAUGGGACUGAUUGUCGGUACUGGCAGUAAUGCCUGUUACAUGGAAGAGAUGAGGAAUGUGGAUCUGGUGGAGGGAGAAGAAGGUAGAAUGUGCAUCAAUAUGGAGUGGGGAGCAUUCGGCGAUAAUGAUUGUCUGGAAGAUUUCCGUACAGAGUUUGACAAGUCGGUGGAUGAGCUGUCUCUUAAUCCUGGAAAGCAGAGGUUUGAAAAGAUGAUCAGUGGCAUGUACCUUGGGGAGAUAGUCAGGAAUAUUUUGAUAGACUUUACCAAGCAAGGACUCCUGUUCCGUGGAAAGAUCUCUGAAAGGCUCAAGACAAGGGGCAUCUUUGAAACAAAAUUUCUGUCUCAGAUUGAGAGUGACCGUUUGGCAUUGCUGCAGGUGCGCUCCAUUCUCCAGCACCUUGGAUUGGACAGCACAUGUGAUGACAGUAUCAUUGUGAAGGAGGUGUGCACGGUCGUGGCCCGGAGAGCGGCGCAGUUAUGUGGAGCUGGGGUGGCCGCUGUGGUUGACAAGAUUAGGGAAAAUCGUGGACUGGAGAACCUAAAAGUCACAGUGGGAGUGGAUGGAACUCUAUAUAAGCUUCACCCACACUUUUCCACCAUCAUGCACCAAACUGUGAAAGAACUGUCUCCAAAGUGCCAGGUGACUUUCAUGCAGUCUGAAGAUGGCAGUGGAAAGGGAGCAGCACUCAUCACAGCCGUAGCAUGCAGGAUCCGGGAGGCAGGCCAACGCUAGAGCAGAGGAGACCUAUGAUUCGACUGUUGCAUUCCUGUACAAAGACUUGUUACAGACUCCUUACUCCACCACAAAUGGUCAUACUACCACAUACCAUAGACUCCACUGGACUGGGCGAUCAAUGAAAUUCUUGGACACCUAUGCCACCAAGGAUAUGGAAUAUGUAGUUGACCAGACUUGUUCCAGUGAAAUAUAUAUUAUACAUAGAUCAUAUAUUUUUCCACUUUUUGUAGGAUAGAUCAGUGGAAAUAGCAUUGGCGAUGCAGUGUUACAGAACACUGAGUUCCAUGCUUUGCUGCUAGUUGUUGCUAAAUAUUCAUUUUUUGCUUUAAACUCCUGGCCCAAGAAACUGUAGUGCAAUAAAGACAAUGUCAGAUUUUUUUUUUUUUUAUUGUAGAGAGCGACAGAUCUGCUUAUACAAACCUGGGCAUACAUAAUACCAUUUACCUGAAAAUAACCAACAAAAAUCCCUAAUGGUGGGCCAAUCUUAAAUUGUUAAAUCCAGUUUAUUUAUAUCAUUGCUGGUAUCAAUGGCUGAAUUGACCAUUUAUUAGUUUGAACACACAUUAAUAUUUUGAUAUGUUUUUCCAAUAACCAAAUAAUAAGAAUGGUUUUAGAGCCUAAUUGGUGAGGUUGAAAAUGACAAGACUAAUACACGCCGGUUGGUAAAAUUUGGUCAAAAUCUGUGUGCGGCUAGCAUUGUUCUGGAUAAUUUGAUGCUUUUAAAAUCUAGAUGGUAGGUAGGGAUUAUUUAAUGCACAUACAGUAAUAGUUCCACUCUCAGCCCUGCACUUUGCUCUCAUUGAGUGACAGUGGUUUUUGGCAGUUCUUGGAGUUCAACAUUAAAUUACUAAACAAAAUAAACAAAAAGAUAAAUGACAAUGUGCUAGUUAUAGCAAAUUGGUGAGAGAUUUAAAGCAUAUAUUGUUCCUUUAUUACUUGACAUAAAUUGAAAUCCAAGUUAAAAUAUACUUUUAAUGAAUUUGUCCUCACAAAGACAGAUUUCAUUACCACCAAGCAAUCUCACAGUAUACAGACAAAAAUGGGUGACCUGGAAAUUACGAUACUGUUUUUUGUAUAUAUAAAAAAAAAAACUUUUUGUUUUCAGCAAUAUAUUAGUGGUGAACACAGGAACUUUAUUCCCGUUCAAGACACAUUUCUGGUAGCACAGUGUGAAAAAUCUAGUGCCCUUUAGCUCCAUUGUCUGUUUCCUCAGGUAUCAGCACAUAGAAAGGGAAACAUAAGGAGACAGCACAAUCAUAACUAAGGAUGCAGUCGCACUAUAAAAUGUCUAAAAGCAGCAUUUAUGAAAUGUAAGUUUAGAUUUUAACUUUAAGAAAGUCAAAUUUAAUGUAUAUUUUUGAAAAGAAAAAUACCAGAUGAGCAACUAUGGCAUUGAUUCAAUACAGCCGUAUUCAGUUACACUUUGCAAAGUGAAUUCUUUUUCCUAAUAUGCUACCACAACACUUAGUAAAUGCCAGUAUACAGUAACAUGGAGGGUUUUCCAUUAAUUUGAGCUUGCUACAGUUAUUACAAAGCAAGAUCUGCAAGAAACAAAGCUGGAUGGGCAUUUGCAAGACUUGGAAUCACCACUCUUAACUUGUUACAUUGUAUAGCCCAAUCUUUCAGAGAUAGGUGUGAGUGUGAUGCUUUUCGCAUAUAGUUACUCCUUGUUAGAGUUAAAUGUACGUUUUUUUUCCUGGCUGUAAUCUGGAGCAGUAGACGGCCACUCCUUGCUCAGGGAUCGCCUAAACGUGGAUAGAGUUGACGAUAGUCAAACAGAUUGGGGUAGGGAAUUCCAAAAGAUGGGAGACGUUCUGGGGAAGUCCUGGAAGCGAGUAUGGGAGAAGGACACAAGGGAGCUAGAGAGCAGGAGGUCAUGGGAGGAAUGAAGAGGAUUAUUUAGUUGGUAUUUUGAGACUAGGUUAUUGAUGUAGCGGGGGGCUAGGGUAUGAUUGAUGAUUGUGCUAUUGCUCUUGACAGAGACGUCAGGGGAAGGGGCACAUGGGGGAGGAAAUAUUAUGAGCUCAGUUUUGGACAAGUUGAGUUUGAGGAAGUGGUGUGACAUCCAGACAGAUUUGUCUGUUAAUAAGUUAGUGAUACAUGAGGAGAUUGAUGGAGUGAGCUGAGGGAUGGAGAGAUAGAUUUGGGUGUCACCAGCGUAGAAAUGAUAUUGAAAGCCAUGGAAGGCUGACCCAGGGACGAGGUGUCGAUUAAAAAUAGGAGAGAUCCAAGAACAAAACCUUGGGAGACCCCGACGGAGAAAGGAGGAAGUAGAGAUGUAAGUAACAUGAAAGGAGAGCCUCUGAGGGGGCCUGACACUUCUGUUUGGACAGGGAAAGGCUGCAAGCGAAUAAUAUAAAAGAUUGAGGAAUCCCUGAGAACAGUUCAAGAGUGGAGAUUCAGAUCAUUACAAAUGUUAAUUUUGUUAAGUUCUGUUGUUGAGAGCAUUUAGAGAAAAUAAAUAGCAAUUCACCAGAAGUGUAUUUGUUACGUGAACCUGGGAUUUAGUAAUGGCUUUCAGAGUAUUCUUCACUGUAUCAUUAAUGUGGCACAUAUUUAGAAAUUACAAAAUAAAAACACCAAUUAUUUCUUUAUUAUCUUAUAUCUAAUAAAGUCCCCUAAAAAUAGAAUAUAUUUUAUUUUUCCCAGGCAACACACUGCCUUAAUAUUGACAAGUAUUUUUUUAUGAUCUGUACAUAAUUACCCCUGUAAAUUAUUAGGCUGGCAUCUAUUUUGAAUAUAGGUUUAUGAGUGAGUUUAUGGAUUGUUUUUUGGUCUCAUUUUUAAAACUUGGAGGAAAGUAAAGUGAAGGUGAUGCCCUCAACACCCAGGUCACACCUGUCAUUUUUAUAGGGCCACACCUCCACUUUGUCUUUCCAGUAUUAUUUUUUUUACAUGAGGUUAAUAUAUCCUGUGACACUUGAAAACUUAUACCAAACUUGAGGACUGUACAUUGAAGGGAUGGGACUAUAUGGCUAUUAGGAUUGUCCCAAAUUAAAGGCAAUAGGCAAUAAAAUUCAGCAAUAAGGCAUCUGUCUGGGUUUGCAGCUCUACAGCUCCCAAGGACCUGUUUGUAUGUUUUACAUAAAUGUUAAUUGUAGAGUUGUUGUAGUUUAUUAUUUAUGUUAUUAAUAUUAUGUUGUUAAUUUAUAUGAAGCUUGUGUAGUUUGUGUGUAAUCUUUUUUUGGAAUAGUUACUGGUGUGGAGCACCUUGUAACCCUUUGUAUGCUCUUUCAACAGUUGCCUCUUCCAAAGAAUAAUACGGUUUAAUAUGUUACAUCAUUAUCAGAUGCAAAGAGAUCAGUAUAUAUAUAUUCUGUAAAUAGCACAAAUCUCAUUUCUAAACAGAGCCUGUAUGUAUAUGCAACUAUAAAGCACAUAGAUUGACAUUUGUUGCUAAAUAUGCAACUACGUAGAUUUAUACAGUAUUUCUGCAUAAAUAUGCUUGUAUAAAUUGUGUUUCCAUCUACUGACCCACUAGUGUUUUCAUGGGAUUCUACUUCUGCGCUGGGAUGUAACACGAUUGGUACAUGUGGUCUUCAAGAGCACCUGUUAUGUAUACACUUUGGAGGCAGCCAUUUUUGAGAGCCGGAGGAUGCAGCCUAUAGGUUUUUGCUAGAUGGGCUUCUCUGUGACAGCAUUGUAAUCUUUUGAGUUCCUGCAGGCUGCUCAAAAGCACAAUUCACCGAAUCCUAUUUGCAUUCUUCACUUGGACACCGUAUGGCUAAGGCUAAGGAGUUGUCAUUAGGUUGCAACAUAUACUGUAUAAAGUAAUGGUUCUACAUACUUGAGUUAGUUGGAGUUAGUUAGGUCACACAUAUAAAUGUGGACUGGUGUUCUUUAAUGUCAGGAAAGCGUUUUGAGAGCCAUGAAUCUGAAUCCUGGCUUGACACUCAAAAUGAAUGCCUCCACUGUGUCUUGGAGACUUCUGCUCUUUAAGUUGCAGCUUUACUUCAAGUCAUUUGGGUUUACUAGCUAAUCUUAAUGCACUGUAUCAUUGUUUCAGAAAAUAAUUCACCAUUUUGAUGUAUAUAAUAAUUGGAGAAGCUGUGUAUUAUUUAUAUUUGCUAUUUUAUUAGCUUUCUGUAGCUGUAACUUAAUAAAGCUGUUGAAUGCUUUUAAGAAAUAUGAAA